AUGGCAAGCAAAUUUCCCCAGCGAAAGAUCGGUGACAGGUUCGUUUCUGCAAUAGGGCUAGGAUGCAUGAGCCUGUCCAUUCAUUCAUCAGCUGGUGUUCCUGACGUGCAAGAGUCGCUGAAAGUCCUCACCGCUGCGGCCGAUCUCGGCAUCAACUUCUGGGUCACCAGCGACACGUAUGGUGCCGGCCACAACGAGGAUAUCCUUGGCAGGUGGUUCAAAGAGACCGGCCGCCGCGACGAGAUCUUUCUUGCAACCAAGUUUGGGACGAAACGCUCGGACGGAAAGCUGGUGCUCGACAGUACACCAGACCACGUCAAAGCAGCAUGCGCAGCAAGUCUUGAACGCCUGCAGACUGACCAUAUUGACAUGUAUCUUCAACAUCGUGUGGAUCCAGAGACACCGAUCGAGGAGACUGUACAGGCCAUGGUCGAGCUGAAGGAAGAAGGGAAGAUCAAUCAACUGGGUCUUUCCGAGUGCUCAGCCCGGACGUUGCAGCGAGCCCACAAGGUCCACCCCAUCGAAGGAGUCGAAAUCGAGUUUUCGCCCUUGGCGCUUGAUAUCGAGUCACCUGAAACCAACUUUCUCAGAACGGCCAGAGACCUUGGCGUCAAGAUCAUACCGUAUUCACCGCUUGGACGAGGCUUCACCACUGGAGCGAUGAAGAGUAGAGAAGACUUCGAUGUGAAAGACCACCGCAGGAUGCAUCCUCGAUUCUCGGACGAAAACUUUGCGAGCAACCUAAAAAUUGUGGAAGGGUUGGCGUCGAUGGCAAAGGAGAAAGGCUGCAGGCCGGGGCAGCUGACUUUGGCAUGGGUGCUAGCUCAAGGCGAUGAUUUCAUACCAAUUCCAGGCACAAAGCAUGUCGAGUACCUGAAGGAGAAUGCAGAUGCUGUGAAAGUCGAGCUGUCCCAGGAGGAUGAUAAAAAAAUAAGAAAGAUAAUCGAGGACGUUGGGGGAGUCAAAGGCGCUCGUUACCCUGAGGCGUACCUUUCCUGGUGUUUCGGCGACAGUCCAGAACUCGGAAACCAGUGA